AUGGCGGGUAAAUGCGCUUCUGCAUGGCUUCUGUCAUUUUUGUUAUUCUUCCUGUUUGUGUUCUGUGAUGCGGAUUCGGGUGGUGAGGGAGGUUGCACGAGAAACAGUUCUCUGGUUGAUUUUGAGUCGGAAUUCGUUAUGGUGCAGCAUCAGUUGAGAGGGGUGUUUAAGGUGAUCGACGAUUGUUCUUUCAGGGUUAGCAAAUUCGAUAUGAUCGAGGGUUCUGACGUUCAGUGGUGGGGUGCCCUCGGUGAUGCUUUUGAGAAUCUAACGGCGGGGUUCGUGAUUUCUGAUGAGAAGUUGAACAGAACUUAUAAAGGCGAAAGCUUUUCUGUUCGUCUCAACAACGUUACGUGGGACCAGAUCAAAGUGAUUGCUGUUUGGGACGAACCAACUGCGUCUGAUUUUGGUCAUGUUCUUCUCGGAAACAUGAGAAACAAUUCGGCGUCUCCUUUGAAUUCUUCGGCCCCUGGUUCUUAUUCGGCGCCAUUGCCGUCCCCGUCAAUCGGGAACAAUUCUAGUGGAGGGAAUAGCCAGCUUUACGAACAACCGACGAUGUUCGAUAACUGUAAGAUCCUCGCCAACAAUUACCGACUCAGGUGGACACUGAACCUCGAGGCGGAUUUGAUCGACAUUGGCCUGGAGGCAGCUCAGGGAUCCGAAUACUAUAUGGCAUUUGGAUGGGCACAUCCCAAUUCUUCUAAUGAGUUGAUGCUCCAUGCUGAUGUCGCUGUGACUGGGUUUACAGAGGAAGGAACGCCGUUUGCUGACGAUUAUUUCAUUACCAGAUACAGUGAGUGCUUGCUGAGCAAGGAUGGUUCAGUCGAGGGUGUUUGUCCUGAUACCAUCUACGAAGGAUCUGACCCCAUUGGGCUGGUGAACAAUACCAGGUUGGUAUAUGGACACAGGAUCGAUGGAGUAUCCUUCAUUCGUUAUCAGCGGCCUCUGCAAUCUGUUGACAUAAAGUAUGACUUACCUGUGGAUCAUACCAAGAACAUGACCGUCAUAUGGGCUCUAGGGUUGAUAAGGCCCCCUGACGUCCUCCGCCCAUAUUACCUUCCCCAGAACCAUGGUGGACCUCCGCUUGUGACUCAUGGGCAUCUGACCCUCAAUGUUUCAGAGCACGUAAACGAUUGUUUAGGGCCAUUAGAAGCAGAAGGUAAGGAGGAUGAAGACCUUAUUUUUGCAGAUGAAAAGACCACACUGGUUGUUGUGGCUGGUCCAGCACUGCAUUACCCAAAUCCACCCAAUCCAUCAAAAGUUCUUUAUAUCAACGAGAGAGAGGCUCCAGUGCUGAGAGUGGAACGAGGGGUUCCAGUAAAAUUCUCAAUACAAGCUGGGCAUGAUGUUGCUUUCUACAUAACUUCGGAUCCAGUUGGUGGGAAUGCAACCUUUAGAAACAUGUCAGAAACUAUAUAUGCCGGAGGGCCAGAGGCUGAAGGAGUCCCAGCUAGUCCAAUGGAUUUGGUUUGGGCUCCUGCUCGGAAUACACCUGAUGAGGUUUAUUAUCAGUCAUUGUAUGGACAGAAAAUGGGUUGGAAAGUGCAGCUGGUUGAUGGAGGUCUUUCUGAUAUGUAUAACAACAGUGUUGUUCUGGAUGAUGAGCAAGUUACACUUUUCUGGACACUUUCAGAUAAGUCAAUAUCCAUAGCAGCUCGAGGUGAGAAGAAAAGUGGUUAUCUUGCAGUAGCAUUUGGUAGUGGGAUGGUGAAUAGCUUUGCUUAUGUGGGUUGGAUUGAUGAAACUGGCAAAGGUCGAGUGAACACAUACUGGAUCGACGGGCAGGAGGCCGCCGCUGUGCAUCCAACUAGAGAGAAUUUGACACAUAUUAGAUGCAAGUCAGAGGAUGGUAUUAUCACUUUUGAGUUUACCCGCCCCUAUUAUCCUUCAUGUGUUCCAGGUAGCAGGCCAGAAUGCGACAAUAUCAUUGACCCAACAACUCCUCUUAGAGUUGUUUGGGCCAUGGGAGCUAGGUGGUCGGAGAAUCGUCUGAGUGAGGCAAACAUGCAUUCUACUACAAGCAGCAGACCUGUUCGUGUGCUGCUUAUAAGUGGCUUAGCUGAGGCAGUAGAGGACUUACGCCCUGUUUUAGCUGUGCAUGGUUGUAUGAUGUUUGUUGCUUGGGGUAUGAUGUUUCCAGGUGGGAUAUUGGCAGCUAGGUACCUAAAACACUUGGGUAACGAAUGGUACCAGCUUCAUAUCUACUUACAGUACUCAGGUUUAGCCAUAAUUGUACUUGGUGUUCUUUUUGCUGUUGCUGAGCUUCGGGGUUUCUUCUUUGGCUCUGUACAUGCCAAGUUUGGAGUUGCUGCUAUAGUUUUGGCUUUCCUUCAGCCCCUCAAUGCAUCUAUAAGACCAGAAGUAACUGCUAAUGGAGAGGUGGUUUCCUCCAAAAGUACGCUUAGGAUCCUGUGGGAGUACUUACAUGUCGUUUCAGGGAGAUGUACCUUAGUAGUUGGCUUUUCAGCGCUUCUUAGUGGGAUGAAGCAUUUAGGAGACAGAUACGGAGGUCAGAAUGUUAGAGAACUUAACUGGGUUAUGAUGAUAUGGUUCUUGAUGGGUUCAUUACUGGUUAUGCACUUGGAAUACAAUGAAAAGAGAAAAAGAGAGAGAAGCUUUCUGAGAAGCAACUUGGGGUUGGACAACAUUGAUGAACGAGAUGAUUCUAUAGAUCUUUUGUGCUCCGACGACAGAACACAAGAACCAUGUCCCUCCGAAGGAAUGGAAGUUGAGCUAGAACCUUUGAGCAGAUAG